AUGGAGCAGACUUCGACACCCCGCGUUUCCGCCGCCCUCAUCGACUCCUUCGUCGGCCAAAACGUCAUCAUCGUGGGCAAGGUGCUGCAGCUGCGAGGCGACACGGCCUUCAUCGAAUCCGAUGGCCAGAUCCAAGCGAGUCUGAACCGGGAAUGCCAUCUCAUGGUUGGAAAUGGCGCCCAGAUCAUUGGCAAAGUGAACUCGGACCUGUCUGUCAAGGUGCUAAGUGCCAUGGAUCUCGGCGACAACGUUGACUUCCAAAUCUGCCAGAACGUCGUCGACGUCACACAUCAUUUCAAGGACAUAUUCUCGCAGUAUCAUUCUCGUUCUCAGUCACAGUCUCAAUAUCAGCCUCAAAUUCCAAUCCAAUCUUCGUCUGAACAGCCAACCGUUGUCGGAAUAGCCAAUGCUGCCUCUGCCACUCCUGUUGCUACACGCUCCGAGGUCCGGCCGGUCUCGCCCCCGACUAACCAGCUAUCGCAAUUAACCAUCCAAGAGACUUCGCAGCCCUCGCAAUCCACUCACCUGACAGAACUCUCCCAACCCUCGCAACUUAGCACCCAAGAAACUCAAGACACGCAAUAUACGGAAAUCUCGGCUACUAGCUCGCUGAAAAAGAGCCCGGCGCCUCGGUCCCUUCGUCCGCAGACAAUUUCCCAUGGCAGCAGCAGCAGCGGCAAUAGCAGCGGCAGCCAGAAGAAGCCCACCGGGCCGCCGGCGAUUACGCCCCCAGCUCUCUUAGAUCUAACGUCUUCAUCUUCAUCUUCCUCCUCGCACUCGUCCCCUUCGUCUCCUCCUCUGUCGUCUCCCCUACUGUCUCCUGCCCCAACAUUUGUGCCUCCGCCAUCCUCGUCCCCCCCGCCAUCCUCACCUCCCCCGCAACCCUCGCUCCCGCCACAACCUUCAGCGCAACAAGCACAACCCCUACCCCUACCCCUACCCCCGCCUCCAUCCCUACCGCAACCCCUGCCGCAGCCGUCGCCGGCUCCGCCGGUACCCCCUAGGCGGCGCGGCCGCCUGUUUCGCACGCGGUCGGGCAACUUGGUAAGCGCGGCGGAGAUGCGGCGGCGCAGGGAGGCGGAGCGCCACGCCGCGGAGCUGCUGGACGUGGUGCUCGAGGGCAUAGCCGCCGCCGCCGGCGACGACGACGGCGACGGCGACGAGGCCGGAGGCAAGGCCGUCGUCACCUUCGCCAUGGACGACGCCGGCCGCUGGCGCAUCGUGCGGCGAGACCCCGCCGAGGUCGAGGUGUACCAGGACAAGGGCGCGUCCUAG